CUUCCAUCCUCAUCCCCAUUCCUGCUUAAACUCUCUCCCAGAUUCCCUCCUUCGUAAAUCUUCCUGUUCCUCCUUCAACCCCCCUUUGUCUCUCUUCUUUGACAUAGCCACGAGCUGGCACUCCAAGACGUCACCGAUAACCCCCCAAGACAGCAGUGACUCCGAAACCCCGACUGUUGUCUAACCGCCCAUCAUGAAGCUUUCCACCACCGCGCUCCUUGCAGGAGCAGCUUCGGCAUCUGUCCUUCCACAGCAGGUUCUGCAGAUGUCCGAGCAGCUCAUGGAAGGAUGGUCCAAGCCGUUGCACGAGCUGGAGGAGUCCUUCGGCUCCCUCUCGUCCGAUGUGAAGGAUCUCUGGAACGAGAUGAGCAUGAUGUUCCCCGAGUCGUUCGAUAAGGCAAACCUCCUGUCGAUGCCAAAGCCUCACAAGCGGAGGCCCAACUCGGAGUGGGACCAUAUCUUGAAGGGUGAGGAUAUCCAGAAGGUCUGGGUCGAGAACGCCAACGGCGAGAAGGAGCGGGAGAUCGAUGGCCAUCUCGAGCCGUAUAGCAUGCGGACCAAGGCUGUUGACCCGUCGACGCUUAAUAUCGACUCGGUGAAGCAGUAUAGCGGGUAUUUGGAUAACGAUGAGGAUGACAAACAUCUGUUCUACUGGUUCUUCGAGUCAAGAAACGAUCCUAAGAACGACCCCGUCAUCCUCUGGCUCAACGGCGGCCCAGGCUGCUCCUCUCUCACUGGUCUCUUCAUGGAACUCGGCCCAUCAUGGAUCAACAAGGACAUCAAGGCCGACUACAACCCCUUCUCCUGGAACGCCAACGCCUCCGUGAUCUUCCUCGACCAGCCUGUUAACGUGGGCUACUCCUACAGCAGCAAAUCCGUGAGCAACACGGUCGCGGCCGGCAAGGACGUCUAUGCGCUGCUCACCCUCUUCUUCAAGCAAUUCCCCGAAUACGCCACCCAAGACUUCCACAUCGCUGGUGAAUCAUACGGCGGACACUACAUCCCGGUCUUCACCUCCGAGAUCCUCGCCCACAAGAAACGCAACAUCAACCUCAAGUCCAUCAUGAUCGGCAACGGUUUGACGGACGGGUUGGUGCAGUACGAGUACUACAAGCCCAUGGCCUGCGGCGAGGGCGGCUGGCCGGCAGUCUUGGACGAGGGCUCCUGCCAAUCGAUGGACAACGCCUAUCCGCGAUGCGCGAGCUUGAUCCAGGGCUGCUACGACAGCGAGAGCGUCUGGCAGUGCGUGCCGGCGAGCAUCUACUGCAACAACGCCAUGAUUGGGCCGUACCAGCGCACCGGUCAGAACGUAUACGAUGUGCGCGCCCAGUGUGAGGACCCCAGCAGCCUGUGCUACAGUGAAAUUGGCUGGAUCGGCGACUAUCUGAACCAGAGGGACGUGAUGGAGGCGGUGGGUGCCGAGGUCGAUACCUACGAGGGCUGUAACAAUGAUAUCAACCGGAACUUCCUGUUCCAGGGCGACUGGAUGAAGCCAUUCCACCGCGUUGUCCCUGGAAUCCUGGAGCAAAUCCCCGUGCUCAUCUACGCCGGCGACGCCGAUUACAUCUGCAACUGGCUCGGCAACAAAGCCUGGGCCGAAGCGCUCGAGUGGCCCGGCCACAAGGAGUUCGCGAGCCUCCCGCUCGAGGACCUAACGCUGUCCGCCAGCAGCAAGAAGAUCGGCGAGGUGAAGAGCCACGGGAAUUUCACGUUCAUGACCCUCCAUGCGGGUGGGCACAUGAUCCCGCACGAUCAGCCCGAGGCGAGCUUGGAUAUGCUUAAUCGGUGGUUGAGUGGGGAGUGGUACGCGUAG